AUGGACCGAGGAAGCCCGGGCCUGCAUCUUCGGAGGGCCGCCGUGCCGCUGGGGGGGCCCGGGCAAAGCCUGGCCUCCAGCCUCAACGCUGGCCGGCCAUUCAGCUCCCAGGCAGCCGAGGACCCGAAGGAGGCGCCCCGGCGCCCCCUCGUCAGCAGCACAGAGGCCGUGCAAGGCUCCGCCUCCAAGCACGAGUUCCAGGCUGAGACAAAGAAGCUUCUAGACAUCGUUGCCCGUUCCUUGUACUCAGAAAAGGAGGUGUUCAUCCGGGAGCUGAUCUCCAACGCCAGCGACGCCCUGGAGAAGCUUCGCCACCAGCUGGUGUCUGCGGGCCAGACGCUGCCGGAGAUGGAGAUCCACCUGCAGACCGACGCCGAGAAGGGCACCCUGACGGUGCAGGUGCGUGCGGCUGGCGGCCGCUCCGUCGGCGCCCUGUAA